AUGUACCGACGAGCCGAGCACUUCAACUGGGCAAACCGUUCAAACAAGCCAAACCAAACAAGGUCUCGAGAGCCCAAACGUGACAAGGAAGACGAGUUCUUUGCCAGAACUCUGGCGACAGAUGCCGCCAUUUCUGCGUGUGUCACACAGAUUAGAGCAGCAGACAACGAGUCGGGUGAACGCAGAUUCCCCAGCGCUCCCGGUUCAGCCACAUGGCGCCCGUCAGUCAUUGAAGUCAGGACACUGUUCGCCAUUGCUGGUGGAGUCAAUGGGUAUGCCAAUAUUGCGCAUGGCGGCUUCGUCGCGUCUAUCCUAGACGAAGUCAUGGGAAUCUUGAUAAGUACAAAUAAGGACCGAUACGAGGAGACAGUUGCCAGAACGGUCACUAAUGGCUCGACAACUCCAGCUCAACAAAAGCCGCCACGGCUCACCACUGUCACGGCGGAGCUGAACGUCAAGUAUCGAAAACCUGUUUUCACCGGAGGCGUGGUCCUGGUACGUGCAUGGUUUGGGAAGGUCCAAGGUCCUAAGCUCGUCGUUCAGGCAACAAUCGAGGAUGCAGACGGGCGGGUGUUAUCAGAGGGAACUGGGCUGUUUGUGGGCUUGGAUUCGAUGAGGAGUCAUAUUUUCAGAGGGAGCUGGGAGGCCAAGAUCUGA